CCCAAGAUAGUUAGUACCUCGGAAACAUCUCUGUCCAGGAUUCCGAGACCGAGACCCAUUGCCCGCGUUUCGGAAACCCCUCAACCCCAACUCUCGAGAUGCUUCUUCCCCCUGUAACCCAACUUGCAACCACCUUUUGUAAACAGCAAGAAAACGAGUGAUUGAGUGAAGUCAAGUCUAUAGCAACCGUAUAAACUCAGGAUGGUACUCUCUUCAGCUGUACAGGGGGCCAGGCAUUCCAGCCAGGCCCUGUUUCGAGGGUACUCUUCGUUCCGUCGCUUCUCAGUACAUCAUUGUCGACGUUCAGUGGCCGUUCCCUCCGCCACAUCCAUUGCAGAAUCAUUUCUGUCACGCUUCCAGUCCCUGGGGCCGCAAACUCGCUCACAAUUUCUUGACGCCAAUCAGCUACAGCUCUUGUCACUCACAUUGAACCGUCCAUCUUUAUACCCUGACACCCCAUCGCUGAGCAAUGCUUCAACGUCAAUACCUCCCGGCACCCCCCUCCCGCCAGGCUAUCACCUAGUUUACUUCACUCCCGCAUUUCUGGAAUAUGAACUAGGUGUAGACGGUACCGACGGCUCCUACAACCCGGAGACUCCCUUCAGCCGGCGCAUGUGGGCAGGGGGCGAGGUGCGCUGGCCGCGUGCCGCAGAUGGGAGCCCUAACCCAUUGCGCGUGGGACAAGAAGUCCAGGAAACUACGAAAGUGCUUAGUGCCGAACCCAAAGUGGUACGGAAGACCGGAGAGGAAAUGAUCGUAGUGGGCGUAGAGAAGGAGUUUCGCAACAAGCAUGGCGUGGCGAUUAUUGACCGUCGGAACUGGGUCUUCCGUAAAGCACUAGCUGUACCAGCUGUAUCAUCAACAACAAGUGACCCGGCACCAUUGCCUUCAGCACCAGCCUCCUCGUCAACUGUCUCAACGGCUAAGACUCACACCCGAACCUUGAGACAGACAGCCGUCACUCUUUUCCGGUUUUCGGCGUUGACUUUCAACCCUCACAAGAUCCACUAUUCGACCCCAUGGGCCCAGCAGAUGGAGGGGCAUAGGGACAUCGUCGUCCACGGCCCGCUUAAUUUGAUCUCGAUCUUGGAUCUCUGGAGGGAUACACGGCCAAACAAGGGCGAUCCUGCAGCGAUGCUCCCAGGGAGCAUUACGUACAGGGCGACGAGUCCAUUAUACGCAGAGGACAAGUACCAGAUUGUGCUCGGUGAGGAGGAGGGAUCUGGUGUAGGAGCAGUGCAAAUUCUUGCUCCUAGCGGACAAGUUGCGAUGAAGGCCGAGGUCAGGUCAGCUGAAUGAAUUCUUGCGGUCUUGUCUUUUCUGUGAUGGUUGUGGAUAGCUCUUGUCUAAACAUCGUGCAGGUGGAGGAGCAGUGCCAAACUCCUUCAAAUUC